AUGUCUCUCAUCACCCCGAAUCAGUCCUUGUUUUCAUCGAGCCUGAACGGUCUCGUUGUCGUUCUGACCGGCGGCGCACAAGGUGUUGGCCAGAGUGUCGUAGAAAAACUGCACUCCGCCGGCGCAAAAAUCAUCUUCGGCGACGUCGACGACACCCUCGCCACAAAACUCGCCUCAACCCUCAAUAGCAGCGACGGCUCCGAAAGAGUGCACUUCGUCCACUGCGACACCUCCAACUACGCCAACCAAUUGAAUCUUUUCCAAACCGCGUACAAGCUCUACAACCGCAUCGACAUUGUAAUCGCCAACGCUGGAAUCGCAAUCCACAAGGACCCCUUUAUCCCCGAGCACGAGUCCGAUGAAUCCAUCCUCUCGCCCCCGAAUCUUGCGGAGGUUGAUGUAAAUCUCAAGGGUCCGCUAUAUACCUCCAGACUGGGACUGCAUUAUCUACGUAAAAACAAUUCGGCAUCUAAGGGAGAUAUCGUGCUUGUCUCGAGUAUAGCCGGAUUCAAGGAAUGCGAGGGUCUCACCACGUAUACGGCUAGCAAGCAUGGCGUUAUCGGGUUGAUGAGAGGGUUGGCGUUGCAGGGUGAGAAGGAAGGAAUUAGGAUUAAUACAGUUUGUCCAUGGAUGACCAAAACGAGAAUGGUAACCGGCAUCGAACAAGGAUGGUACAACCUCGGCCUCCCGUCCAACGAACCCGAAGACGUCGCAAACGCAAUCCUCAUCUGCGCAACGGCGAAUCGAUCCACCCAACCCGACGGCCAACAGCACGAAGGUGCUGCGUUGCCGUUUUCCGGUAAGAUUGUUUGGGUUGGUGGCGGUAAGAGUUUUGAAAUUGAAGACAGACUACAAGCGCUGGAGCCGGAGUGGCUGGGGAAAGAGAAUAGUGAGGUCCUGAAGAGAGGGCAGGAGUAUCUUCAUUCUGGGAAGACGAGCUGGGACACUUCGAAGUGA